AUUUGGAUUCUUGACACUGACGUUUCUGUAACACGUAGUCUGCUGAUAAAUUGUAGGUUAAAAUAUCGUUACUCUGCUUGAAUUUUGCAUGGAAUGUUUUGCUUUGUAAAAGAACAAUUAAACUUUAGGAAUUACGUAUUUCAAUUUUUUAUCGUUGUGCAUUAGUUGGAUAAAUUUAGACAGGAAACCGGUAGAAAUGGCUGCAAUAGAACAGCCGUGCUAUACCAUCAUUAAUGCCCCUUUAAUGGCCGAGCCCUAUAACGAAAUGCAGCUUAAAAUGGAUCUGGAGAAGGGUGAUGCAAAGGUUAAAAUAGAAGCCCUCAAGAAGACAAUUCACAUGAUUUUGGCAGGAGAGAAGCUUCCCAACUUGUUAAUGACAAUUAUUCGAUUUGUUCUUCCAUUACAAGACCAUACAGUGAAGAAACUAUUAUUAAUUUUCUGGGAAAUAGUUCCUAAAACAACCCCCGAUGGAAAAUUACUUCAGGAGAUGAUUCUUGUAUGUGAUGCUUACAGAAAAGACCUACAACAUCCAAAUGAAUUUGUUAGAGGUUCCACUUUAAGGUUUCUUUGUAAGUUAAAAGAACCUGAAUUGCUGGAACCUUUGAUGCCAGCUAUUCGUGCAUGCUUGGAACAUCGUCAUUCAUAUGUUAGAAGAAAUGCUGUUCUAGCCAUUUUUACUAUUUAUCGGAAUUUUGAGUUUUUAAUCCCUGAUGCUCCAGAGCUGAUAUCAACAUUUUUAGAUGGGGAACAGGAUAUGUCUUGUAAACGCAAUGCAUUCUUAAUGCUUCUCCAUGCAGAUCAAGAAAGAGCAUUGGCAUAUCUCACUUCUUGUUUAGAUCAAGUUAAUUCUUUUGGUGAUAUUCUUCAGCUAGUUAUUGUGGAAUUAAUUUAUAAGGUCUGUCAUGCAAAUCCAUCAGAGAGAUCACGUUUUAUAAGAUGUAUCUAUAGUCUUCUAAAUUCUAAUAGCCCUGCAGUUAGAUAUGAAGCUGCAGGUACCUUAAUUACACUUUCAACAGCUCCGACAGCUAUUAGAGCAGCUGCUAGCUGCUACAUAGAACUUAUAGUAAAAGAGAGCGAUAAUAAUGUAAAAUUAAUUGUCCUUGACCGAUUAAUUGCAAUACGUGAACAUCCUUUGCAUGAAAAAGUUUUACAAGAACUUGUCAUGGAUAUAUUGCGGGUCCUGUCCAGUCCUGACCUAGAAGUAAGGAAGAAGACUCUGAAGUUGGCUUUAGACUUGGUUUCAUCAAGAAAUAUUGAAGAAAUGGUUCUUGUAUUGAAGAAAGAAGUUUCCAAAACACAUGAUGCCGAACACGAAGAUACCGGAAAAUACCGUCAACUUCUCGUUAGAACGCUUCAUUCAUGUUGCAUCAAGUUCCCAGAUGUUGCUCCCAAUGUAAUUCCCACUCUUGCCGAAUUUCUUUCAGAUAGUAACGAGCUAGCCGCUACAGAUGUAUUGGUGUUUGUUCGAGAAGCUAUUCAAAAGUUUGAAAAUCUACAACCACUUAUUAUUGAGAAAUUACUAGAGUCGUUUAAAGAUAUAAAAUCGUCAAAAGUGUAUCGGGCUGCUUUGUGGAUACUGGGAGAGUAUGCUACAAGUAAAGCAGACAUUGAAGCAGUUUUGCAACAUGUUCACCAAACGUUAGGGGAAGGUUCAAUUCUAGAAGCUGAACAGAAACUAAAUGCUGGUGAAAUUCCCUCAGAUGGAACUCAAGGCUCUACAACCUCCUCAGUUUCUACUUUGGUUACUUCUGAUGGGACAUAUGCUACCCAAUCGGCAUUUAGUACCAUUCAGAAAACGAAGAAAGAAAAACGUCCUCCUUUACGUCAGUAUUUCAUGGAUGGGGACUUCUUUAUUGGAGCUGCUUUAGGAACAACUUUGACCAAGCUGGCACUUCGUUAUAGAAAAUUUUCUGAUAAUGUCAAAAGAAAUCGAUUCGAAGCUGAUAUAAUGCUUCUCAUUGCAAGUAUUAUUCAUUUAGGAAAGUCAGGUCUACCCUCGAAAGCAAUCACUAACGACGACGUGGAUCAUUUACUCUUCUGUUUGAAAGUUCUAUCAGAUGGAACUCAAACUAUAGUCGAUGUUUUCUGUAGAUUUUGUAGGGAGGCCUUGAAUGACAUGCUUGUUGCUAAAGAGGUCGAAGAUGAAGCAAUUUUAUCUAAAGUGAAGAACAAAAUUGCCAACAAAAUUCAUGCUGAUGAUCCAGUGUCGUUCAUGCAAUUCGAAACUGACAAGAAUGAAUUGGGCGAGAAUGUGUUUGAAACAGCUUUGGCCCAAGCUUUGAUAGGAGGACGAACUUCUACAGCUGAUUCCACAUCCACAUCGAUUAGUAAACUAAAUAAGAUAACACAACUGACUGGAUUUUCUGAUCCUGUAUAUGCAGAAGCCUUUGUUCACGUCAAUCAGUAUGAUAUUGUUUUGGAUGUGCUGAUUGUGAACCAGACAAACGACACACUACAGAAUUGUACCCUGGAACUGGCCACAUUGGGUGAUUUGAAACUUGUUGAAAAGCCACAACCCGUUGUACUAGCCCCUAAAGAUUUUUGUAAUAUAAAAGCCAAUGUUAAAGUGGCAAGCACAGAAAAUGGUAUCAUAUUUGGCAAUAUUGUCUAUGAUGUCACUGGCGCUGCUUCUGACAGGAACGUGGUCGUAUUAAAUGACAUCCACAUUGAUAUCAUGGACUAUAUUGUCCCAGCAAGUUGCUCCGAUGCCGAAUUCAGACAAAUGUGGGCGGAGUUUGAGUGGGAAAAUAAAGUUUCUGUUUCGACAACCAUUACAGAUCUGGCCGAAUAUUUGCAACACCUUAUAAAGAGCACAAACAUGAAGUGCUUAACACCAGAAAAAGCACUAUCGGGACAAUGUGGAUUUAUGGCUGCUAAUAUGUAUGCAAAAUCCAUUUUUGGUGAAGAUGCAUUGGCUAAUUUAAGUAUCGAGAAGCCUUUUAACAAACCUGACGCCCCCGUCACAGGACACAUACGGAUCAGAGCCAAGAGUCAGGGAAUGGCGCUUAGUUUAGGAGACAAAAUCAACAUGACUCAGAAAACCCAACAGCAAAACAAGGUGGUUGCUGGUUAAUUGGUAAUUUCUAUAAUUUGAAUACAAUUGCUAUUUAAGUUUAUUUAGGCUUUAUUGUAGGAGAACAUGUGCAUUUUAUAUUAUAUUGCAGUAUAAACAUAAAUAUCUGCUGUAAAUAAAUAUAUUAACAACUCUAA